GUGGGAACUUUGCCAGGCUGCCGCCUUAGGAACUGCAGCCCCGUGGAAGCCGAGACAUCGUGUAGCGGUGACAUCCCUUUGGGCACACUGGCCUGUCUGCGGGUCCCAGAGGGUCCCACGCGGCCCCUACGGGUGGAGAGAACGGACGCACGCCGUUGGCCACGGCAGCUCCUGCAGGAGCCGGGCCUGCCUAGUGCACGCUCUCCCUUAACUAACCGAGGCUCAGCCUCGUUCGACGCGCAGCCCAAGGCCGCACGGCGGGUGGGAAAGACGGCCGCCUGCGAGGCCUCUUCCCGGAGACCCCACCGCUAUCCUGCGGUGGCCGCCCCGGACCUCGAGGACUGCGCCCGGCGAUUCGGGAGCCCGGGAGUGCCGGGCCCGCCCUCUGGCUAGCGCCCAAUCCGCCUCCCUCGGGCCCGUAACAGGCUCCUCCGGGCGUCCCCGCUGACUCAGCGUAACUCGAGCCGUCGAAGGCGGUGCAGCGGGCAGAGAGCGUCCCGGGUCCCCGCCCCCGACUUUGGACGCCACGCCCACGCCCCGCCCCGCUCCCGGGAGCGCCGGCCGCAGCAGCCGAGCGCCGGGCGGGAGCGAGGCGGCGGCGCGCGGGCGCUCGGGCGCAGCAUGACGGCCAUCGGCGUGCAGGCCCAGAGGCUGUGGAGCCACAGGACGCCCCGCCGGUCCUUCUUCGAGGCCUUCAUCCGGACCCUCAUCAUUACGUGUGCUGCGCUGGCGGUGGUCCUCUCGUCCGUCUCCAUCUGCGAUGGGCACUGGCUCGUGGCCGAGGACCGCCUCUUUGGGCUGUGGCACUUCUGCACCAGCACCAACCAGAGCGGGCUGCACUGCCUCCGAGACCUGAGCCAGGCCCAGGUGCCCGGGCUGGCCGUGGGCAUGGGCCUGGCGCGCAGCAUGGGCACCUUGGCCGUGGUGGCCGCCAUCUUCGGCCUGGAGCUCCUCAUGGUGUCCCAGGUGUGUGAGGAUGUCCGCUCACGGCACAAGUGGGCCGCGGGCUCCGUCCUGCUCCUGGUCGCUUUCGUGCUGUCCUCCGGGGGACUGCUGACUUUUGUGAUCCUGCUCAGGAACCAGGCCACGCUCAUCGGCUUCACUCUGAUGUUCUGGUGCGAAUUCACCGCCUCCUUCCUCUUCUUCCUGAACGCCAUCAGCGGCCUUCAUAUCAACACCAUCACCCAGCCCUGGGGCCGGCCAGGGAAAUUCUAGAGCCCCUGCAGGAACAUGGGUUCCUACAGGAGUGCACGGCCAACAUGGGACUUGUCUAGUGUCACCUCUGGCGGGGAUGGGGUGGGACAGUGACCUUGAAGCUGCUGCUUUGAGGCCGCUAACCUUUGGGUGGCCCGGGGCCCCUGCAGCCACAGCUGUGGGUCAGCAGAGCUGGAGGCCAGAGAGGCACCUGCGGGCUACCAGAUUCACAGGCUUAGCCACUUUAUGAGGAUGUUGAUUUUAGGAGAAGAAAACCAUGUUGCAAGUCUU